AUGAGGUGCAUGUGGCAGAUUUUUGUCCUAUGGGUCUUCUGGGUGCUCAUCUUGUGCCUGAUGGUCCCUUGCCUGGAUCGGAAACCAGAACCAGCACCCCAGGAAAAACUGACGUAUUUGGUACCAUGGCGUGGCAACUGCCUUUGGUUCAAGUUCAGGAAGUGUGGCUGCCCAUCUGGGUCUCUCAACUACUCCCUCUGCCACCACACAGUCAGAGAACAGAACUGGUUUGAUGCAUGCUAUGAGAAGACCAUGGGGUACCUGAUGAGAACAACAGAGUCCGUGACCCCCGAUGCUGUGCUUUGGUGGUUGGGCAUGAACUCAGCAAGUGAGCUGGGCAAAGUGUGGGAGAAACUGUUCAAGGUGAUCGCCAGACCCUCAGUGAGCCAUAAUGAUCUGUACUGUGGGACGUGUGUGCUGGUGGGGAACUCAAAGGUCCUGCGGGCUUCUGGCCUCAGCAACAAUGUCACCCAACACACCACAGUUUUCCGGAAUGUUGGGGUCCAGGGAUCCUGGAGACAGCUGCUGCUGCUGCUCCUGAAGCUUUCUGGUCUGGCAUGGACUUCAGAUGCUCUGAGUCAGGAGGAUGCCCGCUUUGGAUUUGUAUCAGAGAAGCAAGGAAAGUGGGAGGAUAUUAAUCAGAACAUGCAUAGCACAGAAACAGAAAUGGAAGUCAGCAAGAAUGUGUGGUGGGCAAGCUCACCCUCCACAGCUGAUGCCCUGCAGAGUCCACACAAGUCCUAGUCCUUCGGUCCUGAAAACAGGAAAGUCUUGGGACUGUAACAGCAACAGCAGGACUACGAGGACUUUCAGGGAUAAAGGGCAAGAGGAACUGUGUAGACAUUAGUUGGGCACUGAAUAAAAUCCUGGUCUGAUUUUCUUACCUGUGAGGACAGUGUCAGGAGAAGAAAGGCCAGACUCGAUUUCCAGAUCUCAGGGGCAAUAUUUACAUGACUUUCUCUGCCUACGCCCUUGGAUCAUGCAGAUGUGUAAAUUUAGACCCAACCUCAUAAAAAUUGCAAGCCUAGACUGAGUUCUUGGGGAGGCUUUUUUCCAAUGGAAUGAAAGAGAUGAGCCUCCGCAUUUCAUCCUAUGCCGGAGGGUGACUUUUUUCUACCUCAGCUUUUCACUGAAGGCUCAGCUCUUUGAGAUUCCCAGUGUUUUGCUCCAAUUCUCUGCCUCUCCUGUGCUCAAGGGUCCUCUGCCCAUAUGGGCAUCCCACUCCUAAAUUCCAAGGCAGCCACUCAGGCAGCUCGAGCACUCCCCAUGCUGUUUUCCAUUUCUCUUUUUAUUUCUGGCAUCUGGAUACUUCCUGUUUUUCUUCCUCUGCUCAGCAUUUAAAAUAGUUUUUAGUAAAAACUAUGUAUAUGCUUAUACAUUUUCCAGUUAACUUAGGAAGGAUA